AUGCCGCCACUUUGUACUUUUUGCAUCGAGGUGUUUCCCAGCAGAAGUGAUGAGAUCCACUCCUCCAGGCGGAGGACGGGUCCAGCUGCUGGUGGGACCGGCCCUCAGCCCGUCUCUGCCUCGCAGGCCGGCGCCGGCGCCGGCACCGGUACCGGUACCGGGUCUCCUCAGAGCUCCUCGCUGCCGCUGCACUACGUCCACGUGAGGGGUCUUCCGUUCCGAGUGUCUGCAGACGACAUCGUGGCGUUCUUCUCUCCUCUGAUCGUGGCCAAGAUCCUGCUGGAAUGUGCUCCCGACGGGAGGCCGAACGGAGAGGCCGACGUCUUCUUCAGCCGCCACCAGGACGCAGUGGCCGCCAUGUCCAGAGACAGAGAGUACAUAGGAAACCGAUACGUCGAGUUAUUCCUGAACUCUGCACGGAACUGUGAUGGAAGGUGAAGGCUCCAGACCCGCUGCCACCAACACAGGGCGACUGUAUUUAUUACAAGGAGCUUCAAUAAACUGCUGCCACCAGAGAAACA